GUGAUUAAUCACCGAUAAGACGGUCGUCACAAAAGUUGAGACACAGUUUUGUCACUUAAGUCAAGUGUCUCGAGAGGUGUCACUACUGCUGAAGCAAUCAUACCAUUGAAGACACAAAAGUAUAAACAAAUAUUGAAUUAUAUUUGAUCUGAAAGUAAGCCAUAGAGUGGUCACCUAAUUGUCACCAAAAUGGUUGUGUUGAGUACAUUGAAGACAUUGACCAGAAUUGAGACCAUCUCACGGGUCGUCAAAAGACGCGAUGCGAGACAAUCGAUGGUACGUCUGGUUCAUGCGGGAGAGUUCCCAAUGCGGCCAUCGGUUUAUGCGUGGCGUAAAUUCAAGGACUUUCUGCACUUUUAUGUAAUGCUUGGAGUCAUACCGCUGACCAUUUUUGCCACUUAUGUGAGCAUCCGUUACGGACCCGCAGAGUUGGCCGAAAUUCCCGAAGGAUAUGAACCUGAAGUUUGGGAAUACGAAAGGAACCCGAUCACUAGAUUUUUUGCCAAAAAUAUAAUGCCUGAUAAACGACACGAUUAUGAAGAAAUGGUCGCAUACUUUAAUGAAGAAUCGGAAAAAAUUAUACUCAAGAAAAUUGAGAGAAUGGUCAGAGACUUCAUGAAAGAUCGAUCGGACUAUCAGUCGUGGUAUUACAGACAUCUCGACGCCUAUCAUAUGAGAGUCGAACGCGAAGACUGGAAGUUCCUUAAGAAUCAUUACGAGGGAUGGAAAGACUAUGUGGUCAAUGAAAAGACAUUUAGAGAAAUGGGUGAUCCAAAGUAAUUACUAAAAUAGACAGAUCCCAUACUUUAUACUUAUUUUAGUUGUAAAUAAUAAUAAUAAUAAUAGUAGUAAAUAUAAAUUAAUAAUAAUAAUAAUAAUUAAAACAUUUAGAUUAUAAUUAAAUUGAAAUUAAAAAAAAACAAUAAU